GCACCACCCAUCGGCCGCCGUCAGAGGGCAGCCCACUGCGCAGUCAUACCGCGCUUAAGCACUCCUUUCGCCGGCAUAUAGUCGCGGGUGGAUAUCCUCGGAGCUCGACACGUCCUUGAUGAGCAAGGUGUCGUGGGGAGCCUCGCGCUUAGAUCCACUCGUCAACUCACUCACCCGUCAGAACACCCGACACGAGGUCACUUGACGAGGCUCGGCCUGCCUCGCUGUCGACGACUUGUGCGAGCAUGAUCGUGUCACCGUGACGGCACUGCAAACAUGUCUUCCGCGUCAACCAAAGACGUCACCAAGGCCAUCAAUGCAUUCCUGCCUAACUCUGGACUACCUCUUCCGGACGAGCUGACCCAGGUAAUUGACGCCUACCUCGAGAAGCACGAUGAGGAAGGGGCCUCAGAGCGCCUUCAAGAGGACCUCCUGUCAAUAUGGGAGAAGACGGUCAAGGAGAACGUGGGCUGUUACGCCCCUUGGCUUGCCAUUCUGCGCAGGCUCUUGCCCGUGCUGAGAAAUCCCACCUAUCUUGUUCAGUGGUGGGAUCAAAUGACAGAGCCGAUCCUCGACCACAUGGCGCAAGACAAAAAUCUAGCAAAAGAAGCCUGGGCAAACACUUUGGCAGUGCUGACCCACGAUGACGGGUCCGACGCUGCAGAAGGGCAUGGGGCAAAUCAAAUUGCCAUCAAGCUGCUGAAGACCUGGAUGGAAAGCUUCCAGUUCUCUACCAGCGAUAGCAACUCUUCGGGUAGUCUCAAGGCGACUCUGAUACGCAAUGGCUUGCUCAGCUAUGGCAAGAAGCGGCCCAAGGGCAUACUGACUGCGUUGAAUUCCUUCGUUGUCCAGAAAGAGUACCGUGCCCGGGCUUUGACUCUUCUCUGUGAGUUCGUCCAGAGCGAGCCGCCUCAUCUCCACGUCGUCCAGGAGACGCCGCUCUUCGACAACAUCCUCAAGUGCCUGCAGAGUGAUACUUCGACCACCGUUGUCACGCUGGCUAUCACUGCGUUGACGAUGCUGCUACCAAAUGUGCCCAGUUCUCUGGUGCCUUACCUCCCAAAUUUGUUCAACAUAUACGCUCGUCUGUUGUUCUGGGAUAGAGAGAGGUCUUUGGCAGCCGACAACACAGAUAUAGAUGGCGAUGAUGAGAAGAAUCAGGCCACUGACUGGGAAGUCUGCGUCUUUGCGCCAGAUGCCGACAACAUGUCAAUUCCGAAUCUUCUGAGCUACUUCACGAUUCUUUAUGGCCUGUACCCCCUCAAUUUUGUGGAUUACAUCAGGAAGCCGCAACGGUACUUGCGACAUGCGAACAUGCCCAAUGCCGACGACAUCGAGGUUCAGCCUUCGGAAAUCCGCCAGAAAUCGGAACGGUUCAGACAGUACCACAUACUACAUCCGAACUUCUAUAACUUGACUCUGGAGACCGAGAAGACCGACUUCAGCAGAUGGAUCAAGAGUGAGUCGUCGGAAGUGGUUACGGAAUGUACUGCACUGUGCCUGGCAACAGAGCUUGGGGUUGGUGCCGAAAUGGGCCCUGCCCAAGAGCUAGGGCUGUCCGAGAUGGACGACAACACUAGAAGUGGAACCGACCAGCCCUUCCUUACCGGCCAGGCAAUUUUGGCAAGGACAUCGUCUCGGGAUUUGGCGAGCGCCUGGAGGAACUCAGGCGCAGGUUCAGUUUCAGAAGACCCUCGAACGGCCGCGGGUACGAUACGGCGUGCAUCCCACUCCAGCCACGCUCCUUCUCUCAGGGAGUCAUUUCAGACUCGCGCCCGCGAUGGGCCAGGCGACAGCCCUACAUUACCACCAUCGCUUGGCCUGUCAGCAUCACAUACCAAUCUGCAGGACAUGAUCACUUCGAACAAAGCCAUCAAGACCGGUUUGCACCAAUCCUUAGCUAAUGACAGUGUGCCGUCACUUGCCUUGAGUCACCAAGAGUCGAUGCUUGAUAAAACAUCGAGCAAGCUGUCUGCACCGGCGGCCACACUCGCUGCUUCCCCAUCAACCGACAGUGACAGUGAGAUCCAACGGCUUCACAAGCAGAUGCUUCUCUUGAGCAACGACCUCAGCUUUGAACGUUACAUGAAACAACAGCACAUGAUCCAUAUCGGAGAAUUGAAGAGGCGACAACUCAAGGAAGCUGCGACUGAGGCGGAAACACAGAACCUCAUCAUGAUCAAUCGAAAUCUGCGGAACCGAAUCGAAGAGGCAAAGCGGUCGGAGUUGCGGGCGAAGAAGGAGUCUGAGAAUCGGCGCAACAUAGCCAAGAAAUGGGAGACCGACCUGUCCGCGAAGCUGAAGCUUCUGAGAGAGGAACAAAAGAAAUGGAUCAGCGAGGGGGCUGGUCUCAAACGAGAGUUGGAAGCCAAGACUGAGGAGUGCGAGAAGUUGACGAGAAUGGUCUGUGAGUACGAAACGACGGAUCUCAACUCCAAACAAAACCAACAGGCGAUCAAUGACCACGUCGAGGAGAUUACGCGUCUCAAAGCAGAAGUAAGUCGACUCAUCGAGGUGGAACAGACGUACCAGGCCAAGGAAAAAGAGGCAUCAGAGCGCCUGGCAGAGGCCGCCAAUUCGAUCGGCCGAGCUGAGGUUUUAAACAUGAAGCUGGAGGCGCGGGAUGCUGAGGUCGUAGAGGUGAGGAAAUUGUACGAGACACAGAUUUCCGACCUCAACACACAACUUCAAGAUGCUCUGAAGCACGGUGGCAGGCGACCCAGGCGAGAAGAGGACCAUGACAAGGCUAUCGAGAGUGCACUGGCAGCAAGCCGAGCCAAAAUGGCAGACUUGCAGAGAAGACAUAACAUAUUGGUGAACAAGUGCACCGAGCUGCAGUCCUCGUUACUCGACAAGGCAUCCAGCAGCUCCAGGUCGCCGGCCUUCUCCAGCACGCCCAGGAUGGGCAUCCCUUCAGACUCGUCAGACGCAGAGCUUUCGGCGAUUGUGCAAAGCGGAGACCCACCGAGCCCGGUGAGAAGGAAAACGCGUCGCGGACGAGGCUUCUCGGACCCUGAACUCUUUGUCGAGGGGGCAAAGUACAACGUGACGCCACCCCUGGAGACGAUCACGGGCUCGUCGUUUGGCACAGUACUGCAACGCCCUUCGACACCAUCUGGAAGCACGGAUACGCUCCAAGGAGGGGACAGAAGCCCUACGGACAGGUUUCACGGGAGAGGUGGCGUACAAAACGCGGGUCGAAAGGACAAGCGCGACAAGAAAUCAUCCGGGAUCAGAGGGAUUCGAGGUUUCGUCUGAGUCGCUGGGCCAUAUCAAUGCUGUUGCCCCUCAUCUAGACAGAAAUCAGUGGCCGCCUCUUCGAACAACGAGGACUUUCUUCACUUGGCUAGAGGCAAUCGAUGUCAGGCAAGAUGAUUGGCUCGGCAUUGACUGAGGAGAUAGAAUUGACUGCACUUGGCAGCAGAGCUGACGGGUUGGGACGAAAGCAAGGAAUAUUACCCUGAGAUUCGUCAAGUAAAUCGCAACUUCUGGCGCUAGUAAGAAGACCUACAUGCACUUGAGCGGUGUUUGGAGUUUCUGGACCAGGACUUCCGCGCGUCGAGCCUUGGCGGCCCGAGAGAGAUACCACUCAUCAACUGCCGUGAGACGGCGCCCUAGAA